UUUUCUCUAAAUUUCACCUUCUUUUUUUAAUUUUCUCACUGCUCCUCGCCAGUCAACAGGAAAUCAAUCCACCGGCGAUUUUGAUCCUCAAAUAUCGCCGCCGGAAACCUGGAUUUCCACUGUCAAACCUCGGAUCUACUCUGCACUAAUCUUCUCUGUCUUUGGUUGAUUACUUGUUCAAAGGUGCAAUUUUCUCUUAGCAAUGGGGCGUUUAAGGUUACAAUCUAGCAUCAAUGCAAUUGAAGAGGAACCCGAAGACUGUGAGGCUACCUCUGCUAAUAAGGCUGCAAUGGGAUCUAUGAUUAAUUCAGAGAUAGGAGCAGUACUGGCAGUCAUGAGAAGGAAUGUGAGAUGGGGAGGUCGUUAUGCAUCUGGUGAAGAUCAGUUGGAACACUCUCUCAUUCAAUCUCUUAAAAACUUGAGAAGACAAGUAUUUUCAUGGCAACAUGACUGGCAAUCUGUCAAUCCUUCCUUGUAUCUCCAGCCAUUUCUUGAUGUAAUUCGGUCGGAUGAAACAGGGGCUCCAAUUACUGGUGUUGCACUGUCAUCUGUGUACAAGAUUUUGACUCUUGAUGUACUGGAUAUGAAUACUGUCAAUGUUGAUGAUGCUAUGCAUCUGGUAGUUGAUGCAGUUACUAGCUGUAGAUUUGAGGUAACUGAUCCUGCAUCUGAAGAAUUUGUAUUAACCAAGAUACUUCAAGUUCUAUUGGCUUGCAUGAAAAGUAAAGCAUCAGUGAUGUUGAGCAAUCAGCAUGUUUGUACCAUUGUGAACACCUGUUUCCGAGUAGUACAUCAAGCUGGUACCAAAGGCGAACUUUUACAAAGGAUGGCCCGUCACACUAUGCAUGAAAUUGUUAGAUGCAUUUUUUCUCACCUUCCAGAUGUUGACAAUACAGAACGGUCACUGAUAAAGGGAGGCAGUUCUAUAAAAAAUGAGGCUGCUGGACUUGAUCCUGAUUACAGUUUCAGCAGCAACGCAGAAAAUGGCAGUGGAAAUUCUGAGUAUGAUGGCCGACUCUCCUCUGGAGUUUUGAGUUCUGCAUCUGGCCUUAUGAGCAGUGUGGUGGAUGAAAGUACUGCCAGGGGUGACAAUGGGAAGGAUGUAGUUCCAUUUGACUUGCAUUUAAUGACAGAACCAUAUGGUGUACCCUGCAUGGUUGAGAUUUUUCAUUUUCUCUGUUCGUUGCUUAAUGUUGUUGAGCAUACAGAGACGGGUCUCGGAGCAAAUUCGAUGUCAUUUGAUGAAGAUGUGCCUCUAUUCGCGUUAGGUUUGAUUAACUCAGCAAUUGAAUUAAGCUGCCCUGCUAUGCGACAGCAUCCCAGAUUGUUGAGUUUAAUACAGGAUGAACUGUUUCGUAACCUUAUGCAGUUUGGGUUGUCAAUGAGUCCCUUGAUUCUUUCUAUGGUCUGUAGCAUUGUUCUUAAUUUAUAUCAGUGCUUGCGCACUGAGCUGAAACUUCAGCUUGAAGCUUUCUUUGCCUGUGUGAUCUUGAGACUGGCACAAACUCAGUAUGGAGCUUCAUACCAGCAGCAGGAGGUAGUUAUGGAGGCACUAGUUGAUUUCUGUAGGCAGAAAACCUUUAUGGUAGAAAUGUAUGCAAAUUUAGAUUGUGAUAUAACGUGCGGAAACGUGUUUGAAGAACUUGCUAAUUUAUUGUCAAAGAGUGCGUUUCCAGUGAAUUGCCAUCUGUCCAGUAUGCACAUUCUUGCGUUAGAUGGCCUAAUAGCAGUGAUUCAGGGAAUGGCUGAGAGGAUUGGCAAUGGAUCAACUGGUUCUGAAUUAAAUGCUGUAAAUCUUGAGGAGUAUAUUCCCUUCUGGAUGGUGAAAUGCGACAAUUAUAGUGAUCCUGAUUAUUGGGUCCCUUUUGUUCGCCGAAGGAAGUACAUAAAAAGAAGAUUGAUGAUUGGAGCUGAUCACUUCAAUCGAGAUCCAAAGAAAGGACUAGAAUUUCUCCAAGGAACACAUCUGUUGCCCGAAAAACUUGAUUCCCAGAGUGUGGCUUGCUUUUUCCGCUAUACAGCUGGACUAGAUAAAAAUCUCGUUGGAGAUUUUCUUGGAAAUCAUGAUGAUUUUUGCGUUCAAGUUCUACAUGAAUUUGCAGGAACAUUUGAUUUUCAAGACAUGAACCUGGAUACUGCAUUAAGGCUAUUUCUGGAAACUUUUCGGCUGCCUGGUGAAUCUCAGAAGAUACAAAGGGUGCUCGAGGCAUUCUCUGGGCGAUACUAUGAACAAUCACCUUUGAUCUUAGCAAAUAAGGAUGCUGCUCUCUUGCUGUCUUAUUCCCUCAUCAUGCUUAAUACUGAUCAGCAUAACGUACAGGUGAAGAAAAAGAUGACAGAAGAAGAUUUCAUAAAAAAUAACCGGCGCAUCAAUGGAGGCAAUGACCUACCUCGCGAGUUCCUAACUGAGCUCUAUUACUCCAUCUGCAAGAAUGAGAUUCGCACCACACCUGAACAAGGAGCAGGUUUUGCUGAAAUGACUCCUAGCAGAUGGAUUGAUUUGAUGCACAAGUCCAAAAAAACAUCUCCAUACAUAGUUGCAGAUUCCAGAACCUACCUUGACCAUGAUAUGUUUGCUAUCAUGUCUGGUCCAACAAUUGCUGCUAUCUCUGUGGUAUUUGAUCAUGCAGAAUAUGAGGAUGUUUACCAAACAUGUAUAGACGGAUUCUUGGCUGUCGCAAAGAUAUCUGCGUGUCAUCAUCUCGAAGAUGUUUUGGAUGAUCUUGUUGUGUGUCUGUGUAAGUUCACAACACUCUUAAACCCCUCAUCUGUAGAGGAACCUGUUCUAGCCUUCGGUGAUGAUGCAAAAGCUAGAAUGGCCACGGUUACAGUUUUCACUAUUGCGAAUAGAUAUGGAGAUUUUGUCCGUACUGGUUGGAGAAAUAUUCUGGACUGCAUCUUAAGACUGCACAAGCUUGGCCUUCUGCCUGCUCGUGUGGCCAGUGAUGCAGCGGAUGAUUCAGAGAUGUCAUCUGAUCCUGGACAUGGGAAGCCUCUUACAAACUCACUUUCUUCUGCUCAUAUACAAACGAUUGGUACACCUAGGAGGUCCUCCGGCCUUAUGGGGCGAUUCAGUCAGCUUCUGUCUCUUGAUACCGAAGAGCCAAGGUCUCAGCCUACUGAACAACAACUGGCUGCUCAUCAACGCACGCUUCAGACGAUCCAGAAGUGCCAUAUAGACAGCAUCUUCACAGAGAGCAAGUUCCUGCAAGCUGAUUCCUUAUUGCAGCUUGCACGGGCACUUAUAUGGGCUGCUGGACGACCGCAGAAGGGCAAUGCAUCGCCUGAGGAUGAGGACACUGCGGUGUUCUGCCUGGAACUGUUGAUUGCAAUUACUUUGAAUAACCGUGACAGAAUUGGGCUUCUGUGGCCAGGUGUUUAUGAUCACAUAGCAGGUAUAGUUCAGUCAACAGUAGUGGCUUGUGCCUUGGUUGAGAAGGCAGUUUUUGGUCUUCUUCGCAUUUGCCAGAGACUGCUUCCAUACAAGGAGAAUCUGGCCGAUGAACUUCUGAGAUCACUACAACUGGUUCUCAAACUUGAUGCUCGAGUUGCUGACCAAUACUGUGAGCAGAUAACACAGGAGGUCAGCCGCUUGGUGAAAGCAAAUGCUACUCAUAUCCGAUCUCCAAUGGGGUGGCGAACCAUUGCUUCUUUACUUUCUAUCACUGCUAGACACCCUGAUGCUUCCGAAUCAGGAUUUGAAGCCCUCUCAUUUAUAAUGGCUGAUGGAGCCCACCUAGCCCCAGCAAAUUUUGUACUUUGUGUGGAUGCAGCUAGGCAAUUUGCAGAAUCUCGCACAGGACAGACUGACAGAUCAGUCCAUGCUGUGGAUCUUAUGGCAGGAUCUGUUUCUUGUUUGGUACGCUGGGCCCAAGAUGCUAGGGAAGCCAUGUCCGAAGCAGAAGCUGCAAAAUUGUGUCAGGACAUCGGUGAGAUGUGGCUGAGGCUUGUCCAAGGAUUGAGGAAAGUUUGUCUGGACCAGAGGGAAGAAGUUAGGAAUCACGCUCUCCUAUCUUUGCAAACGUGCUUAACAGGGGUAGAUGAGAUCUGCCUUCCUAUCGGCUUCUGGCCGCAGUGCUUUGAAAUGGUGAUAUUCACAAUGCUUGAUGACUUGGCUGAAAUUGCUCAAGGGAACCCUCAAACUCAAAAAGAAUACCGAAACAUAGAAGGAACUCUCGUUCUCUCCUUGAAACUGCUCACGAAAGUGUUCUUACAUUUGCUCCAGGAAUUAUCACAACUGUCGAGCUUCUGCAAGCUGUGGCGCAAUGUGAUUGGCCGGAUGGAGAAGUACAUGAAACUCAAGGUCAAAAGGGGUGAGAAGCUUCAGGAGCUAGUGCCAGAACUUCUCAAGAACACCCUGCUUGUCAUGAAGACGAAAGGGGUUCUCGUUCCCACUAGUACUCUCGGGGGAGACAAUGUGUGGGAACAGACAUGGUUGCACGUCAAUAAGUUGUUUCCCUCUCUCCAGUCGGAGGUGUUCCUAAAUCAAGAUUCAGAGCUGUUGCAAUCUAACGAAGGUGAUACCACUGCAGGAGAGACGGAUGAUGCUUAAAACAAAUGCCAACGCAGGUAGAGAUGAUACGCAUAUACUUGGCUGAGUAUAGUAUAUUACAACCUUGUCAUUUUUUCGGAGUGAAUUAUACUAUCAUUUAGACUUAGUGGUAGUAGUCGAGCCGGAAGGUUAAAUUUUGCAAAUUUUCAGGUAUGUAUCUCUUACAACGCAGAAUUUGCCUUGGUUUUGGUCUUCUCUAAGUAGGAAGGCUAUUUACAUUGUUACGCUUACUUGUGCUCUGAUUAUGCACAGGAAGCUCAGUGUCUUAUAUUCGGAGUCUCUAUCUAGCAGACUGCUUAUAUUGUACAUAAUCUGAAAUUCUAACUUUUAUUUCGACAAUACUAUCAUUUGAUUAUCGUUCA